UGCGCGCACGCCAGCAGCACGUUGGUGGCUUUUUUCCCUCGUCUCUCCUCAACUUUACGCCCAUUGAGCCGCGCUCUCUGUCUCCUUCGAGAACAAAACCCCCCGCGACCCCGACCCGGCUUCUUAUUAUUUGCUCCCCUCGCGACCAAACAUGUCGGCCUCCGCGGCAAAAGUGAGUAAAAAGGAGCUCAACUCGAACCACGACGGAGCGGACGAGACCUCCGAGAAAGAGCAGCAAGAAGCUAUUGAACACAUUGAUGAAGUUCAAAAUGAAAUAGACAGGUUGAACGAGCAGGCCAGCGAGGAGAUCCUGAAAGUAGAACAGAAAUACAACAAACUCCGCCAGCCGUUCUUUCAGAAGAGAUCGGAACUGAUCGCCAAAAUCCCCAACUUUUGGGUCACCACAUUUGUCAACCAUCCACAAGUAUCUGCUCUACUGGGGGAGGAGGAUGAGGAGGCGCUUCACUACCUGAGCCGAGUGGAGGUGACAGAGUUCGAAGACAUAAAGUCAGGUUACAGAAUAGAUUUUUAUUUUGAUGACAACCCGUACUUUGAAAACAAAGUCCUUUCCAAAGAAUUCCACCUGAACGAGAGCGGCGACCCGUCUUCAAAGUCGACAGAAAUCAAAUGGAAAUCAGGAAAGGACUUGACCAAGCGCUCCAGCCAGACGCAGAACAAAGCAGGCCGCAAGAGGCAACACGAAGAGCCUGAGAGCUUCUUCACUUGGUUCACAGACCAUGCCGACGCUGGCGCCGAUGAGCUGGGCGAAGUCAUCAAGGACGACAUAUGGCCCAACCCGCUGCAGUACUACCUGGUCCCUGACAUGGAUGAUGAGGAAGGUGAAAACGAAGAGGAGGAUGAAGACGAGGAAGGCCUGGAGGACAUCGACGAGGAGGGUGAUGAGGAUGGAGAAGAUGAUGAGGAUGAUGAUGGAGAAGACGGAGAGGAUGACGAGGGAGAAGACGACUGAGAAGCCCGCCGGGCUGUGCCCUCCUCAUCCUCACUGUUUCUAUUCCCCAUUUGCUUUAUCAACUCAUGUUCGGGAGCAAAGGUUUAUUUUUGCUGUUCCGUUUUUGUUUUUGUCGUUGUUUUAUUAAGUCCAUGCGUGUGCUUCAUUUUUGACAUUCUGAAGCCUUCUCCUUCACCCGCGGGUUCCGUUUCUCUCUUAAGAAAAGGCCGACGGCACUUUUUUUCUCCACAGUUGUGAGUAUACGUACGUCGUACACAACCCCCGGGAUUCAUCUCUUGUUGAAGAUACAUAAAAAUAAAAAGUUAAAUAAAAAUAGAAUCUUGUAGAAUUUGAAGACACUUCCCACAGACAUGCUCCUGUUUCCAGGUGUGGUGAGAAGCCUUGGUGUAGUCACCUUAGGACUAGCAGACCUCAUCAAUCUUGUUUAUUUUUUGAAAGUUUUUUUUUUCUUCCCCUCAGCAGCUCAUUCCUGUCAUGUUAAGAGGGGGGAGGCAUGUUGGAUACUAGUAGGGGAGGGAGGGGGGGUCAAGUGGACUGGGUGGUGCAAGAGUGGUUAUUUUGACACCAUUUCUAUGGGACUUUUUUUUUCAUUGUAUUGUUUUACAGAUAUCCAUGGAAUUUGAAAUGACAUUUUUAAUAAAGAACAAAAUGGGAAAAAAAGCUUGUAAAUUUUGCCCCCCGCCCCCCCAAAUGCUCACUUCAUGGAUCUAUUGAACAUCCCAGCUUCCUUUUUCCGCUAGGCGGUAGGGAAAGAAAUUGCAUGAGGUGUAAACUUUUGUUUCAAUAAUAAAAUGUUAAUGUGUAUA